GUACAUCGCAGUGGUGGUGCCCCUGAGAUAUAACCGAAACCAGUUCAGUGUUCGACAACUGGCCCUGAUCACUGCAACCUGGGUGCUGUCCCUGGGUGUGGCGAGUCCUGUCAUCUUUGGUCUGAACCAGGUGCCAAACCGGGACCCAACGGUGUGCAAACUGGAGGAUGAUCGCUUUGUGGUGUACUCAUCCAUCUGCUCGUUCUUCGUGCCUUGUCCUGUCAUGCUCUUCCUCUAUUACUGGAUGUUCCGCGGUCUGCGGCGUUGGAGCAGUCGUAGCCGGCUGCGGUCUCACCGGGUUGGUCGAAGAGGUCUCUCUUUGCAUCUAGGCUCAGCUCUGCGUAGAGCAAAAGAUGCAAGUACUGACAGCGGAGGGAAGGUUGUAUUCACAGUGUCACCUUUAAGCCCCACCUCUCCGUCCACAUUCCCCACGACAGCACCUGGUGCAGCCCCCCUUACAGAGCGAAACCAGGACGGGACAGCAAUGGCAGCUGAUAGCGACCCAAUGACCACUCAGAUGGACAGCGCCUCGAAUGGCGAGAACACAGGGGCCAGGGAGGGAAGCAGCCGUAGAGAGAACGGCCGGAAAAGGAGCACCAUUAAGAGGGGACGAAGGACUAGCAAGACCAGCAGGGUCAGUGGGAGGGAACGCAAGGCCAUGAGGGUCCUACCAGUCGUUGUUGGUGUCUUCCUGGCCUGCUGGACGCCCUUCUUCACAGUCCACGUCACCAAGGUGUUGUGCCGCUCCUGUGACAUUGGUCCCACCCUCAUUUCUGUGGUCACAUGGCUGGGUUAUGUAAACAGCGCCGUUAACCCCAUCAUCUACACAGUCUUCAACACGGAGUUCAGGAACGUCUUUCACAAGCUGCUCUGCUGCCGGACAUGACCCUGGAAAGCUCCGGAAGUCUUCUUCAUCAAGUCUUACUCCUCUAUACUCAGACUGUCUCUCAUUUUAGCGCAUUAGUAUGUUUCUUAGAGCAGAGGCAUCAAAUACCUGACAGAUGUUUAAUGAUAUCUGAUUAGAUUAGAGGUAAAGUGCUUACAUGUCAGUGUAGAUGUGUUUGGUUCUUCUCACUUUGGUUAAUGUUCUUGAGACACAAAUGAGGAAAACAGAUCAGACAGAAAUUGGAAUGUUUAACAAAGCUGCUGAGAUUUGUAGCUUUCAAAUCUGUGAAUCAUGAAAUCUAGCUGGAUGCAGACAAAUAAAACAAUAGGAGAGAAGGAUGAAACUGGCUUAUGGCUCCUUGUCCGCUGGGUCUCAGGAGGCGGCCCUGUUGGUAACGAGAAAACUAACGCACAAGCUCCAAUACCAGAGUCUCACAUGGAGAUAUACAUUGGUCCUCAUGAGGUUAGAGAGAAGAUGAGCAAAAACUCCAAUACUUUCAACUGUCUUGUGCUGGUGAAGAUUCUCAGUCAUCCAGGUCAUAGUCAUUCCAAAAAAGCUAAAAAAAUAAUCUACUGGACUUUGUUUCCAAGUUUGAAGGCA